UGGAGAAGAACAGAAAGAACACUCCGGGCUAUAAAAGCAAGACGAACCCAGGUUGCCCAGUAAUUCAGACAGGCACCAUGUUGCUGCUACUGGCCCUGGUGAGUGUGGCCCUGGCUCAUGCUUCUGAGGAGAACUUUGAUGGCAACCGGGUGUUCCGUGUCAGUGUACCUGAUGAAGAUCACGUCAACUUAAUUCAGGAACUAGCCAACACCAAACAGAUUGAUUUCUGGAAACCAGAUUCUGCUACACAAGUGAAACCUCUUACUACAGUUGACUUUCAUGUUAAAGCAGAAGAUGUUGUUGAUGUGGAGAACUUUCUAGAGGAGAAUGAAGUUCACUAUGAGGUAUUGAUAAGCAACGUGAAACAUGUUCUGGAAUCCCAGUUUGAUAGCCACACCCGUGCAAGUGGACACAGCUACACCAAGUACAACAACUGGGAAACGAUAGAGGCAUGGAUUCAACAAGUUGCCACUGAUAAUCCAGACCUUGUUUCUCAGAGAGUCAUUGGAACCACAUUUGAAGGACGUAACAUGUAUGUUCUCAAGAUUGGCAAAGAUAGACCAAAUAAGCCUGCCUUCUUCAUCGACUGUGGUUUCCACGCAAGAGAGUGGAUUUCUCCUGCAUUCUGUCAGUGGUUUGUGAGAGAGGCUGUCCGUACCUAUAACCAAGAGAUCCACAUGAAACGGCUUCUUGACGAACUGGACUUUUAUGUUCUGCCUGUGGUCAACAUUGAUGGCUAUGUCUACACAUGGGCUAAGGACCGAAUGUGGAGAAAAACCCGCUCUACUAUGGCUGGAAGUUCCUGCUUUGGUGUAGACCCCAACAGAAAUUUUGAUGCUGGCUGGUGUGAAGUGGGAGCUUCUCGGAGUCCCUGCUCUGACACUUACUGUGGACCAACUCCAGAGUCAGAAAAAGAGACAAAGGCCCUGGCAGAUUUCAUCCGCCAGAACCUCUCCUCCAUCAAGGCCUAUCUGACAGUACACUCAUACUCACAGAUGAUGCUCUAUCCUUACUCCUAUGACUAUAAGCUGCCUGAGAACUAUGAGGAACUGAAUGCCCUGGUGAAAGGUGCAGCAAAGGAGCUUUCCACUCUGCAUGGCACCAAGUACACAUAUGGCCCAGGAGCUACAACGAUCUAUCCUGCUGCUGGGGGAUCUGACGACUGGGCUUACGAUCAGGGAAUCAAAUAUUCUUUUACCUUUGAACUCAGGGAUAAAGGCUUCUUUGGCUUUCUGCUUCCUGAGUCUCAGAUCCGCCAAACCUGUGAGGAGACAAUGCUUGCAGUCAAGUACAUUGCCAAUUAUGUCCUAGAGCAUCCAUAUUAGUGAAGAAUCUGGACUGCCUUAUUUCGAAAUUCUUUCUGUUCAUUUCUUGUCUGAUUUGACUUUGUUUGUUUGUUUGGAGGUUUGCAGAUUCUAAUCUUUCUCUUAAUUUUCUUGCUGUAUUGACCAAUUGGACCCCUGAAAACAUCUUAAUAAAAUCCUGUCAUUAUUGGAAAACA